AUGUCAUUUUUGAAUAAAAGAUUUCAAGUAUGGAUGGAAUAUCCAAUAUGUACAAAAUUAUUUUGUAGAAAAGAAGGACUUAAUGCACAAUCCCUUAAUGUAUUAAUACCAUUUAAUAUAAUGGUUGUUAUGAUAUUUUGGAAUUACUAUUUAACCUGCACCACUGAUCCAGGAGGAGUGCCCAAAGAUUGGAAACCUAAAGAAAAUCAAGAGAAUAUUGAGAUUAGGAGAACAACUCGCACACCUAGAUUUUGUAGAACUUGCAACGCUUAUAAGCCGCCAAGAACACAUCAUUGUCGCACUUGUCCAUGGACGAACAAUUGUGUUGGAUAUUUUAAUUAUGGACAUUUUAUAAGAUUUGUAUUUUGGUAUGGAAGAGAGCCAUCAUCAUCGGAAAUAGUGUUUCUAGUAUUGAAUUAUACAGCAGUUAUACCCGUAUUAUUUUCGGUUGGAAUACUUAGUAUGUAUCAUUUCUAUUGUAUGUUAUCAAAUACUACAACGAUUGAAAAUUGGGAGAAAGAUAAAGUGUUGAUGAUGGUCAGGAAAGGGAAAAUAAAAGAGGUAGUGUUUCCAUACGAUGUCGGAGUGUUGGCAAAUCUUCAAUCAGUUCUUGGAAAUAAUAUAUUAUUUUGGUGUUAUCCGCAACAAACGAUUGGAUCAGGAAUAAAAUUCCCAAUAUCAAAUGAAGCAGAUCCAACAAUAAUUUGGCCGCCAAAAGAUCCAACAGCCAAACCACCAGCUCCACUACCUCUUAAACCAUGGAACCGUAGUAGAUAUCACCAUGUUAGACGAGGUAGUGAAGGAUAUGUUGUAAGGGAUUUGUCACUAGAAGAAAGGGCAAUGUUAGUUGAAGAACCAUAUAACACAGAUAAUGAAGACAAUAAUAUUAGUAGCAGGACAUUCGAUCCGCAUCAUAAUUCAGAUGGUAGUACAUUAUACUCUAGUAAUGAAGAAGAGAUAGAUGAAGAAAUAUCCGAUAAUGAUUAUGGUGAUAAUGAAAGAAAAUUGGGUAAUGACGUGUAUGAUGAGUUUGAUGAUGAAAAUUAUCUUGAACAUGUCGGUGUAGGAGAAAGUAGUGAUGUAUUUGAUAAUGAAGAAGAUUAUAAUAAUUAUAAUCAAGACCACUCUAGAAAUUAUCAUUAUAAUCAAUCAGAGAGAUAUAAUUAUAACAAUAACAAUAGUAGUAGUAACAUUGAUAAUGUUAGCGAUGAUGAUUUAUCAUUAAGUCAAAAGAUUAUUAAAAAACAAUUAGAAGCAAUGAAUUAUAAAAGUAAUAUUAGCAAUAUUAGCAAUAGCAAUGAUCCGUCAUCAUCAACAUCGGGUGGCAGUAAUAAUAAAAUUUUUGGAAAUAAUGGAAAAUCUACAAAAAUAGAUUAA